ACGACUUGCCGACCUUUGAGAACCCCAAAUACCUGCUUCUCGAAGAACCCCAUAUCAUAGCGCAAAGGAAACACCUCAGAACACACAUUUUUUUCUUCACUCAAAAUUGGAUUGGUCUUUUCUUAUUGGUCGACACGCCGAAGGGUUGCACAUGCGUGGUAGAGGACGACGCCAGUGAUUGUCAGAACGCGGUACUCUGUCACAGAGGGUGGUCGUGUUACGCGUCGCUCGCGAACUUAGCAUCGCGCGGAAAUCGUAUUAACCGGUAAAAUGGCGGCGUCGUGGAUUUUAGCUGUGGCGCUGCUAGCCAUAACUUCACCGGCGAUGUCGGCUCCCGCUGCUCAACACGCAGAUGGUGCGCGGGAAAUGAAACCGGAUGUGCCUGUGGAAGAACUAGAAAAAUUAAAGGCUGCUGAACCCGGCAAGGUGGAACAAUCUUCGCAUAUUGAAUAUCACAGUCUUGAUGCAGUAAAAGCCAACGGCGAACUGAUCUCUCGACUAGAGCAACACGCCUCGGCAGACGCGGCGCCGGGUGAGAAGCCCGUCGUCCACGCUCAGGCGAAACUGGACGUCCCGUCCGAAGGCGUUCACCGCACCAUGUUGCAAGAGGGUUCGCAUGUCAGCGUGGUUGACGCAACUACGCCCGCUGGGGAGGAAGUCACCACUAAGGUGUUCCACGGAGCGGCUCGCCUAGUACAGCCGGGUACCGCCACCAACCAGAAGGACGGCCACACCGCCAUCAGGCGUGCCUUCAACGCCGACAUCACAAAGGAAACUAAGAACAAUAUUGACCAUUACGCUUCGUACGCCGGUGUUCAGUACUCUCCUCUCGACAUGGCAGAGUACGUGUUCUGGACUGGUGACGAGCGCGGAGUCACCGCGGCCAUCGAGGAGUUCCUACAGGAGGGAAUGAUGUCGAAGGAAGAAGCUAUCGCGUUCCUUCAGGAGAUCAAAUUCAACAUUGAUUAUCUUCGAGCACACUACUCCCAGAACAUCCGGGCCGAGGAAACAGCCCAGCAGGAGAAGCUUAGGAGUCUGCUAAUGGAACAAGCUAACAAGGACUACCAAUACCGGCCAAUGUCCCUCCAGUCGUUCCCGUUCGGGAACAGCCCGGAUAUCGUCCGCUCCAUCGCGAGCAAGAACUGGGAGCUCAACAACAACCUGUCACCCAUCGCGCUGCCUGCCGAACUUAGGCCUGACCCCGUCAAGCGGUUCGAUCCUAUGCUGCAGACUAACAUCAUCGGCACAUCUGACUACGACCGCGAUGGGCCUGUCAUCACCGAGGAGGAAUACGAGGAGAUGAUGGACAAACUGAAAGCGGCAGACACUCUUUACACCGAGUACACACUUGAGGAAAUCAUCUACCAGCUCGCCAAGAUGAUGUUCUCCCAAUCGCUGUCCCGCGACCCAGCGACGGCCCGCGCCGCCACGCAGCGCUUCAUGGCGUUCCUCGAACGAGAAGCUGAGCGAGGCCAACUCUCGAGGACUAUUGAGAAGAAAGUGCUCGACGUGAUGAUCGCCGCGCUGACUGAUACCAUCGGAGACCACCCCGAGCUGAUGCAGGCGCGGGACAACCUCGGCAUCAACCCCGCUAACCGGCUGAUGCGGCAGUUCCUGGAGGCGAGCUCCGCGGAGCCGAGCAUGUCGCGCGCCAUCCUGGCCGCCUACAAGGACGAGCUGCUGAAGGGCCCUCCGCACAAGUUGGGCUUCCCCGCUAACUAAACCCCACAGGCGCCACAACAAACCCGUGCUGACGACUGUACAGUUUACUUUUUUGGGUUGUAUGAGUUGUAUCAUCUGAUUAGUUCUGGCUUUUCAGGAUGUUUGAAAAGUUUUUUUUUAACAUGUUCUGUAUUGUUCUAGUUUUUAAGUAUCUAAGGCCGGCAACAGACGAGUCUUAAUUUUCAUAAUCUUAAAAAAAAAUUGUAUGCAAACUGACACUGACAGAUCUGUCAGUGUCAGUUUGAACUGUCAAUUUGCAUACAAAUUUUUUUUAAGAUUAUGAAUUUUUAAGACUGUCUGUGUCAAGCCUAAUUUGGGUAUCGUAUUAGAAGAUUAUUUUAAGUCAAUUUUAAACGUGUUUAAAACACUUUGAUUUUUAUUGUUACAAUUUUCAGUUAGUGUCCUAUCCUAUGAAAUUGAGAUUGUUACAUAUUAAUUUAACUUUUUUUUUAAAUAUUCGUAACGUUAAGGGUAAUAUAUUACAAAAUAUAUUAUAGAUGGGCAUUAAAUUAACCAAAUUAGCGAUUUAUUACUAUAUCUGACUUACUGUCUGAAAUACAUAUAUAUACAAAUAUAUUUUAAUCGUUACAUUUCUCAAGAAAUCAAUAUUUCGGCAGCCAAAUGCUCAAAGUAAUUAUUAACUAAAUAAAUGUUAUGCUUGCUGUCUAUGGAUCUAUGGAAUAUAUGUCUAUGGAUCUAUGGAAUAUUAAAAAAAUAUCAAAUACAUCAAUUUAUUUCCAUACCCAAUCCACUUGUAUUGAUGUAAUUGUAAAUAUUUCACCGCUAUAAAUGUACUGAUAUAAUGAUUUCAUUUAAUAAUUUGAACAAACAUAAGGAUAAGAGAAUCAAUGACAUAUAAUAUUAUGUACCAAAGAAAUACCAAAUAUAAGAUUUGAGCUAAAGGAAGAGAUUUUAUUAAAAUAUAAUAAAAUUGUUAAUGUUUACGACGCGCGUAAUAAAUGUUUAAAAAAUACGUUUUUGUAUUAAAAGAUAAAUAGUAUUAUUUAGACGUAGCUUUCAGUGUUUUAGUAGUGGAUAUCCUUGUUUAGCUUUAUUUUACUGAAAAAUUAUCUAGUUUAUAAUUUAAUUUAAGUACUAUUGUAGCAUAAGGAGAUAUGGUAUAAUUAGCUAGUCAAAUAUUCUUCAUAUUUUUCUACAGCAUACCUACAACUUUUAGAGAUGUGCAAUUGAUUCAGAUUACAUAUUUAAAUAUUUAAAAAGGUCUUCCCUUAUAGAUUAGAUAAAAUUGUAACUAUGCCCGUCGAAUAGAAUAACGAAAUCUCAAAGAUUUAAAUAUAUUUACUGUAGUAUUUAAAUUGAGUAAUGGUUCUAUAUAGAAGAUUUUAAUCGCUUGAGUCCCUGUAGUGAAAUGCAUAAAUGUAAAAACAAUACAAAAACUCUAAUUCACGUUGAUAGAAUAGUGAAUUGGAAUCCAAAAACUAGCCAAUAUGUAUUAUUUCAUUCAACUACGCGUUUUAUAAGCAAACGGGGUUAUCCCCUAAAAAGUUAUCAAAACUUUCUUGCUUUUGCCCCAACACAAUAGCUUUUUCUACCAUACCUAUCUUCGGCAUAUCAAAAUUAAAGAAACAUAUCCCUAGAUUGAAUUUAUUUUUAAUAACAAAUCAUUUUUACGCAGCAAAGCGAAUUAAUCCUAUAUUAGGCAAAAACUAUAUUAAUGUAUUUGAAGGAAUUGCACAUCACUAAUAUCUCUCUCUCCUAAAUACAUAAAACUUAUGUACUUCAUAAAGAACAUAUUUUGUAAAAAUAGAUUAGAACCAUGUCUUUCUAUUAGAAUCACAAAAUACCCUAUUUACCUACCUACUUACGGUAAGACUUGAAAUAUAUUAAUCUGCAUUGUUGAAAAUAAUGCUAUGUUAGUGAUCGGCAAAAUUUAUUAUAUUUAUAUUAUUCUUUGAAAUAUAUUGUGGAUUUAAUAAAAAAGUUUAAAUGUCA